UUGAUUAGUUGGCGAUUUAUAAAUCCAUUAACAUUUGCAUAUGUUUUUUGCAUCAUGAAUACACCACCAUAACGCCAUGCAUCUCUCCCAUAAGGCUACCGGCUGUCUGUGCAAGGCUGGACGCUAGCGCCAAUUCCCGGAGGUGGAAAUCGCAUCAGGCCUUUUUUUCCCACUUCACUGGAGUCUUCAACUUCCACGACUUCACAACCACGCCUGCAUCGACGCGCCGCCACCGCACAGCACGAAUUCAUCAAAAGCGACACGCAAUCAGUCGCAAACAUGGCGCCUAAUACACAAUACGGAAAGCGCGUUAAGCUCACGCAAGUCCGACGGCCGUUCGUCAUUGGCUCUACCGCCACGCCGUUUUCCGACUCCAACCCUCGACCCGUCGGAGCGCCUGACAACCAUACGCACUCGUGGGAGGUGUUUGUCAAGGGUGUCGAUGAUACAGAUAUUACAUAUUGGCUUCGCCGAGUUCAGUUCAAGCUGCACGAGUCGAUUCCCAACUGCGUCCGGAUGAUUGAAGCUGAACCUGGUAAGGCCUUUAGCGUCACCGAGACUGGAUGGGGUGAGUUCGAUAUAGGAAUCAAGCUGUAUUACAUCAAUGAAUCCGCGGAGAAACCCCAAACCAUGUACCACUACUUGCGCCUACACCCGUUUGGCCGCAACGACGAAGAGAAGGCGGCGAUGGUUGCGCAAAAUGGCCAGAUUAGAUCAUGGAGCUACGAAGAGCAACUAUUCAACGAACCGUUCGAAGUAUUCUACAACAUUCUCACAAGUGGUGCCGUCCCCAAGGGCUGGAAAGGCACUGGCAAGGGCAAAGGCAAAAACAAGGCACCACCACCAUUGCCCGCACCCGACAGCGGCGAGGUCUGGGAACAUACUGCGAUGAUUCCUAGACAUACACGCCCAGGCCAGCCGUUUAGCAGAGAAACCGAGGCUGCCGAAAUCAAGAAGCUGAAGGACGCGCAAACCAAGACGGAAGAAAUGAACGCCAAAUUACUGGAGGAGCUCAAGGACAAGGAGGCCCUGUUGGCAAAACUCAAGGCAGAAAAUGCGGCAGCUGCUGUCGCGGCCAAACCCGCCUAGAAGACGAGACGGCCGCGGAAGCGCAAAAUCAAAGAUAACUACUGAGGCAAGCCUCGCGAGCGCUGUAGCCCAGCGCGCCGCGCCGCUGCUACCUCUCCAGCAGCUCUGUUUAUUGAUGGCGUCCGACUAGCCUCUAGUUGCAGCGUCCAAUCGCCGCUCACCAGCGAUACAUCGAUUUCUACGGAGCUUAAUGGACAAUGAACCUGUCCCAGAAAGACGCGACACGCUGAGCAAGACACUGGAAACCAGUAAUGCCAGGGCGAACAACAGCACAGGCGCACACCAUGUUUUUUAUAAUACGACACCAGAUGAAGGGAGUAUGCAUUACGACGAUGCAGAGCAACAAAAGUCAUCAUGCUUCACAAGGUUCAGAGGCAUUUGGAAAUUAGAAUAGAGCAAUAGAUUGGAGUGAUUCUCGCAUCUUGUCCUACACUGCCCGCGAUCUAAGCGCGAGCAUCAAAAAAACAUCAUCAUAAUAAGCUCAAACUCCAUGUCCGUCACAGAGUAUCCCAGUCAAGGCCCUGUUCCCUACAGGUACCCUCAAGUAAAAAUCGCAAAAUAAGUAGGCUCUUGUGAGAGCCUCCCAGCAGAUCCUUGACACUCCCCAAACCGGGAGCACCGUCCCUAAAAAAACAAAUUUUCCGGCCCGGCCAACAGUAAAUCAAAACAGGUAUCAAUAGCAGAAUGAGGCCGCAAGCAAAGUCUUCCCAAGUGGAAAGGCAUCAAAUGCAAAAAAUGCUUGCUAGUGAAUGAAAAAGUAAAAAGGCAGUCUGCAUAUACCUGUCCUCCCGGGACCAGAUGUCGCAACCAAAAGAUGAAAAAUGGCAAUGUUGCAAGGCUCAAUGAAAAGGGCAAACAAGUAAACUACACAUGCAGUAAACAGGUCUCGCUGUGACCUGGUCUCCAAAGCAAAUAGGAGUAUGAGUGCUGUGUUGCCGCGGUGCGCCGCUAUGAGACAGAUGCAAAUAAAGAAGCAGAAAUGUACAUCAUUCGGCGACGAAGAUGCUGUCGCAAAAAGGAUGUCAUAAGUAGAGCCCGUACAUUAAAAAGAAGAGGGCAUAAAAGUUGCAGUCGUAAGAAAAAGGAAUGGCAGUAAUGUACAGGUUUUUGUUGAACGGGUGUGGUUUAGUGAGAAGAGGCUUCGUAGGCAGGAGGGGGAACCGGUUCCGGGUCGGCCUCCCAGUUGCCCUGGCGGCGUUGCUUCUCGUCGUAAACGCGCUUGGCAAUUUCGCCAGCCAUCUUCAUGAUCCAAGCUUGCUCGAGAAUCACGGAAGAGGUGUCGGAGCUGGAACAGUGCUGAUCAGCAGCGGAGCCAAUCUUUUCACUGGCCUUGAGAGACGCAAUGAGCUCUUCGGAGGGAUCAUACUCUUGAGAAAGAGGAGAGCGAGCAUGGGAUUCCUUCAAAGAAGCCUUGGUUCGCUCGAGGUCCUGCAGACGCUUGACCAGGUCCAUAGGAACAGGCAUCUGAGGGGGAAUGCCGCCAUCAGAGGCAGUGGAGCUGAAUCGAACCUUUCCGGUAGACUUGUCCUUGACCUCUACACCAGCUUCGGCAUCGGAAACAGAUGGUGCGACGACGGGCUCAGACAGCGGCAUGUUCACUGAGGCGGUAUCGGUGGCAUCGUCAGACAUGGCGUCGGAGGAACCGGCCUCAGACUUGGCGCGGCGCAAGUUCACAACACGGGUCUUCUUCUUUCUUCCAGGUCGGGAGCGGUGGUGAGCAGCUGCUGAUGGAAUAUUGCCCGAGUUUAGUGAUACAAGCGAUGGUCGUGUUGGGAAGUAUCCCUGUGACCCGCUUGCGGUGUCUGAGAAGGUGUAGAUUGUGCUGGCAGCUCCUGGCACAGAGUACGUCUUUGUAAGGCUCGGUGUCAAAGUAGCUGGCGAGGACGAGUCGGAAUGGUCCAAAUGGCCAGACCAUGCUCGGAAGACCACGUCGCGAAUGCCGGGGGUGAACAGCGACAACGUGCGAUGCGAAUCGGUCAAUGCUGCUAGUCGAAGUAGGUUCUUUUGAGAAAAGAGCGAUUGCAUCUCGCCAUUUCCAGUAAUAGACAAAUCUGAUAGACCCUGUAGGUCAAUCAAAUUACCGCUUGCGUCGACAGGAUCGGAGGGUAGGCUGGCAAAUGGAUUCACACGAAGCUCGUCGCCAUUGUCAACCGGGGUUUCGGCGCCCUUCUGGGUAGCAUCAGGACACCAGAGCUGCAGUGACAAUCUAUGAAUAAUAGCAGGCAAUUCGUCCAUCAUCAAGUUGCGCAGUUGUUGCUCGAUGGUUCGCUGGAGGUAGUCGCGGACGAAUUGGAUCGAGUCAAAGGUCGACGAGACCUUGAGAGACUCAAGGGGGUCAUUUCGAAAGACUAGUGUCAAGCCUUUUUGCUUAGAAAAGACCAAUAUAAUAAAGGCGGAUAGUUUAAAGUCGGAUAAUGUAAUGGAGAGUGGGAUGGUAAGGCCAGACGCAGCCGCAAGCGGUUGAGGAGACGUGAAGCUUGGUUUAGAGUCGAGAUAUGUAUUGAGGGGAUUUGCCUGUAAUAACAGCAAUUAGUUUUAUGUCCAUAGUUUGCAUUGACACCUUGCGAGUAAGACAGAGUGUUUGGCAAUUGUUCUCGUGCUGUGCAAAUUUCCGUGGACAGUGGUGGACCAGUGCUACGGGCGCGAGUCGUGGGUUGCAAACCCAGGGGCAGUGCGAAAAAAAAAAAGUUAAGGUAGGAACGGUCAUACCUGAACACGGGUCUUUAAAGUCAAGAAAGCAUCGCCAGAAUAUGUCAUUUUGAAAAUUCCGCGGAAUCUGUCUUCAGCAAGAUCGCCAAUCUCGAGGAUUUCCAGGUCGGGGGGCAAGGUGCCCAAGUUAAAUUCGCUAACCAGAAUGUCGUCAACAAUGAUGGGCGGCUUUGGCGACUUAUUGAGCGCCUUGGUCAAGAGGUCGCGAGCGCGCGAGUAAAACUCGGCGUCGGCCGUCAAGGGUGACCAGUUAAAGUUAAAGGCCAUGUUGAGAUGGCAGUUAUUGCCUCGCGAUCAUUAAGGAGGAGGUUGUUUAUCAAAUCGAGGCUUGGUCGUCGUUCGGGCUUCCGGAGAAAGCGAAUCGUCAAGGAGCACCAGGUAUGCGGUUAUUAUUUCUUCUUUUGAGAAAAACGAUCUCUCCAAAGAAGAGCAAAUAUAAAGGAUGAAUAUGAGCAGUCGGCAGAUUAUUGACCGGUCGUAACGGUUGACGUUGACGAAGCCGAGAGGUAGCUGAAGGGAGGAAGAAGACGCAGCGCGGAGCGACGAUGACUGCAUAUAUUGUCAGCUCUCGUCAUUUUUUUUCUUCCUCGGGUGCAAACGGGGGUGCGCUGUGGUUCGGGGUUUUUUUUCUGCUUCAGUGGGUUCCUAGGUACUGUGACCCUCGGGACAGCAGCGCUGGCUUGUGGCUUUACCACUAGCUUCUCCUCCCUUGGCUUCCCCACAACAUGCAACCACUUGGGUACCUCCCCGCAGAAGCUCCGCCCAUUGGGUACAUUGGGUGUCAGUCAACUUACCCCCUAAACUAGUGAAAUUAUAGCAUCCUUAGCA